AUGUCCAACCUCCGCCUCCUCCGCCGCAGCUCCUCCUCCACCUCCACCCCCACCUCGUGGUCCUCGCGUUCAUGGUCUCCCCACGCAGCCUUUGCCGCGGCCACAGAGCGUGUCCGCGCCGGGACGCUGAACCAAGACGACGCACACCACCUGUUUGACGAAUUGCUGCGGCAGGCCAACCCGGUCCCCGGGCGCUCCCUGAACGGCUUCCUCGCCGCCCUCGCACGUGCUACGUCCUCUGCCGCCUGCAUCAGAGAUGGUCCCACCCUCGCCAUCGCCCUCUUCAACCGCCUGUGCCGAGAACAAGCCGGCCUGCGGGUAGCGCCUCUCACGAUCCACACCUACGGCAUCCUCAUGGACUGCUGCUGUCGUGCAAGUCGCCCGGAGCUAGGGCUUGCCUUAUUCGGCCGCUUUCUCAGGACGGGCCUCAAGACAAACGAGAUCGUCGCCAGCACCUUCCUCAAGUGCCUCUGCUACGCAAAACGGACGGAUGAGGCUGUGAAUGUGCUGCUUCAUAGGAUGUCCGAGCUCGGCUGUGUGCCUAAUGCCAUCUCAUACUCCAUUGUUCUGAAGAGCUUAUGCGACAAUAGCAUGAGUCUGCGGGCGCUCGACCUGCUCCAGAUGAUGGCGAAAGAAGGAGGUGCCUGCUCCCCCAACGUGGUGGCAUAUAGCACGGUCAUCCAUGGCUUCUUUAAGGAAAGCGAAACAGGCAAGGCAUGCAAUCUGUUCCAUGAAAUGAUGCAGCAAGGUGUUGAACCCAGUGUGUGGACAUAUAGUUCAAUCAUUGAUGCAUUGUGCAAGGCCAGAGCAAUGGACAAGGCAGAGCUAGUGCUUCAGCAGAUGGUUAACAAAGGUGUUCAACCCAAUAAUGUCACAUAUAAUUGCAUGAUCCAUGGAUAUUCCACAUCUGGGCAGUGGAAAGAGGCUGCUAAAUUGCUCAGAGAAAUGAAAAGCCGGGGCCUUAUACCAGAUAUUGUCACUUGCAACUCGUUCCUGGCCUCCCUUUGCAAGCAUGGGAGAAGCAAGGAAGCUGCAGAAUUUCUUGAUUCCAUGACUGCCAAGGGCCACAAACCAGAUAUCGUAUCAUACCGUAUUUUGCUUCAUGGGUAUGGUACUGAAGGAUGCUUCGCUGAUAUGAUUGAUGUCUUUUAUUCAAUGGAAAGCAACGGUAUUGCAGCUGACUGCCAUGUUUUCAACAUAUUAAUUAAUGGAUAUGCAAAACGUGGAAUGACAGAAGAAGCUAUGCUGAUAUUUACUGAAAUGCAGGGACAGGGAGUGAGUCCAGAUGUAGUCACCUAUUCCAUUGUAAUAGCCGCACUUUCCAGAAUGGGUAGGCUGACCGAUGCUAUCGAGAAAUUCAAUGAGAUGACUGCCUUGGAAGUACAGCCGGACACAACUGUUUAUCACUCACUGAUUCAGGGUUGUUGCAUAGACGGUUAUUUGGUUAAAGCUAAGGAGCUGAUGUUUGAAAUGAUGAACGGUGGUAUUCCUCGGCCUAACAUUGUGUUCUUCAGUUCAGUAAUAAACAGUCUGUGCAAAGAAGGAAGGGUUAUGGAUGCACAUGAUGUCUUAGACUUGGUUAUAGGCAUAGGUGAGAGGCCUAAUGUCAUUACAUUUAAUUCACUGAUUGACGGAUAUUGCUUAGUCGGCAACAUGGAUAAAGCAUUCAAAAUACUUGAUGUCAUGGAAUCAGUUGGUGUUGAGCCUAAUGUUGUUACUUAUAGUGCACUUCUUGAUGGCUAUUCUAAAAACAGAAGGAUUGAUGAUGCUUUGACUUUGUUUAGAGAAAUGCCGCGUAAGAGAAUUAAACCUGACACUGUUACAUAUGGCAUCAUGUUGGAUGGGUUGUUUCGUGCUGGGAGAACUGUCGCUGCAAUGGAAAUGUUCCAUGAGAUGACUGAGAGUGGAACAACAGUGGACAUUUUCAUAUACAAUAUAAUACUUGGAGGUCUUUGUAGAAAUAAUUGUGUAGAUGAAGCGAUUGCACUGUUCCAGAAAUUGCGAGCAAUGAAUGUGAAGUUCAAUAUUGAAAUACUCAAUACCAUGAUUAAUGCAAUGUACAAGGUUCAAAGAAAGGAAGAAGCAAAGGAAUUGUUUGCUACAAUAUCAGCCAAUGGGUUGGUGCCCAAUGAAUCUACUUAUGCAGUAAUGAUAAGAAAUCUUCUAAAAGGCGGAGCAGUGGAAGAUGCUGACAAUAUGUUUUCAUCAAUGGACAACAGUGGCAUCGUUCCCAGUUCCCAUCUUAUAAAUGAUAUCAUCAGAAUGUUGUUGAAAAAAGGUGAGAUAGCCAAGGCUGGCAAUUAUUUGUCUAAAGUUGACGGGAAGAGUAUCUCACUUGAAGCUUCAACUACCUCAUUGUUGUUGUCUCGGAAAGGGAAACAUCAGGUGGAUAUUAAGUUGCUCCCUGCAAAGUAUCAAUUUUUUGAUGGAUUUGGUUGA